AUGCCGAGUCGCCAUGUGGGAAUUUGGGCCCGGCGUAGUUGUUUUCGUUGUCAGGCCGGAUCAGGAGGAGAUCAGAAUAAUUGUGGCACUAGAAAUUGGAGUACAGCUGGGCAUAAAAGGAGAAAGCGAAAGAUUUGUUGUUUUUACAAGGAUGAAUUUAUUUCUCGAAGAGAUGUAGAACACUUGAGCUUGAGGUAAGCUGAAUUCAAUAGAUUUUCGCACCUCCGCGCGCAUUAUGUGUUAUUCAUGUGUUUGCCCCUUUCGAAACUUCCAUAUUCCGUGUAUCUUUACCCAUCUUUCAUUCGAUUUUUUUUCUCUCUAGACUGCUUCAUCAAGCGAAAUGGAAGUUCGCCGUGGACCUUAAGUUAAAAUGA